AUGAGUAAAGAUAAAGUUAUUAAUAUAAAUGAUAAUGCUUAUAAAAGCAAUUUAAAUAAUUCAGAAUAUAAAAAAAAAAAUAUUAAAGUAAACAAUUUAAAUAACGAUAAUAAUAAUAGUAUAAAUAUAAAAGAUAGUAAGAAACAUACUAGCCAAAAUUCAAAUAAAUAUGAAAAUGAUCUGUUAAAAAGUAAAAAUUAUGAUAGUAAACAUACACAGAACAAAGUAAUUAAAAAAAAAGAACAUAAAAUUAAAGAAAAGCAUAAAACAAAAGAUAAUAAUGGAGAUUAUAUAAAUAAUUGUGAACAUAUUGAUAAAAAAAAGAGCUAUGAAAGUACCAACGAAAAGAAUUCGAAAAUAGAUAAUAUAAGUAAAUAUAAGCAAUUUAAUAAAUUUGAUGAAAACUAUGAAAAGGAAAAAGAAAUAGGAAAACUCAAAAAUAAAGAGAAAAUAAUAAUUAAAGAAAAAUUAAAUCAAGGAAAAAAUGAAAUAUAUGAAAAAAAUUAUAAAAAUGAAAAAGAAAAUGUAAAUUACGAAUACAAAAUACGUCAAAAGGAAAUAAAAGAUGAAAGAGAAAAAAAAAAUGAAAGGAAAAAUUAUGAUAGAGAUGAAAAAUAUGAUAAAAACAAAUAUGAAAAAAAACUUACAGAUAAAAAGAAUGAAAAAGACGAAUUUUUCUGUAAUACUAAUAAUAGAAGAGAUAAAGAUUUGAAGGAAAGAAAAAUAUCUAAUGAUAAAUAUGAUAAUAACAAAAAAGAAAAAAUCUAUGAUAAAGAAAAAUAUGAUCAUAAAAACAGUAAAUCAAAAAAAAUUAUAAAAAACGAAAAUGAAAUAAGAGAGAAUAAAAAUAACUCUGAAAUGAAUGACAACAAAAAAACUAAGUAUGAAAAAAUAGGAAAAUAUAGUAAUGAAAGGGAAAAAAGUGAAAAAAAAAGAAAUAAAAAAGAUUAUGUUGAUGAUAAUGAAGAAAGAAAAAAUAAAGAUUAUUAUAGAGAUAAGUAUAAUAUUAAAUAUAAAAAAAGUAGUUCUUACAAUAAAAAACAUAAUAAAGAAGAUGAAUAUAAAAAAUGUGAAAAAGAUAGUUAUAAUAAAUAUGAAAAAGAUAGUUAUAAUAAACAUGAAAAAGAUAGUUAUAAUAAACAAGAAAGAGAUACUUAUAGUAAACAUGAAAAAGAUACUUAUAAUAAACGUGAAAAAGACUGUUAUAAAAAAUAUGAAAAAAGUGAUUAUAAAAAAUAUGAAAAAGAUGAUUAUAAAAAAUAUGAAAAAGAUGAGUUACACAUUAGAAAAGAUAAUUAUGAAGAACAUGAUAAGACGAUAAGCAAAAAACAUAAAAUAUAUGAUAUAGAUAGAUAUAAUGAAUCUAAAAAAAAUACUAAAGAAAACGGAAUUUUAAAUAAUAAAAGAAAAUAUAAUUACGAAGAAAAAGAAAAAAGCAGUUUCAAAAAAAAAAAUAAUUUAGAAAAUUUAAAAAAAUAUGAUACCUCAAAUAAUAAUGAUAAUAAAAAAAAUUUAAGAGAUAAAUCAUAUAAGAGUGAAAAUAGUUUAGAAUUAAUAAAGAAAAAUAAUAAUGUAAAUAAAACCAUAAGAGAAAAUGAAGAUUAUAAAUCAAGCAUUUCUAAAAAUGAUCAUGAAAGUAAUUAUAAUAAUAAUAAGUUAAAAAAAAUUAAUAUGGAAAAUGAAUCUAAAAGUAAGGAAGAAGAUAAAAAAGAACAGCAAGGAGAAAAAAUAAGUAAUGAAGUUAAAGAAAAGCAAAAUUUUAAUCCAUCUGGUUUAUUAGCAAAAGAUAAAAAUUACAAAAAUGGUAUUGAAUUAAAAUAUACUGAAAGUGUUGAUGCUGAAAUACCAGAUAAAAAAUGGCGUCUUUAUAUGUUUAAAGACUGUAACAACAAUGAACCUCAAAAAAUACUACAUAUACAUGAGAAAUCUUGUUAUUUAAUUGGAAAAGAGGAUUUAGUUGCAGAUAUAAAAUUAAAUAAUAUUAGUAUAUCAAAACAACACGCAGUUAUACAAUUUAAAAGGCAUGAAAAUAAAAUUUUACCAUUUCUUGUAGAUUUAAAUAGUACAAAUGGAUCAUAUUUAAACAAUGAACAAAUUGAACCAAAUAAAUUUUAUGAAUUGAGAGAAACAGAUAUUUUAAGAUUUGGUAGUUCAGUUCGUGAAUUUGUUUUACUUCAUGAUACUUGUCAUAUCAAUUAA